AGAAUUUCCAAGUUUAGGUGCUCGUUAUUCAGCGGCUAAAGCAGCUGGUUUCCACGCCGUCGAAUCCUACCCUUAUGCAGUGUCUGUGGAGGAGCUCGUUGCCGUGAAACAAGAAGAAAAGCUGGAGCAAGUGUUGAUAAACUCACCUAUGGGCACAAUCCCAUCACAUGACCCAUCGCAGAGAGACGACCUGCUCCGGGAAAUGCAAGAAGUUUAUGUAAGAAAUAUGAAAUAUGCUGCAGAUAGACUCCAAAAAGAGGGAAUCCUUGUACUCAUUGAGGCAAUUAAUACUAAAGUUAGCAUUCCUGGAUAUUUCUUGGAUAAUCCAUAUAAAGCUAUUGAUAUUAUAAAAAAGAUUAAUCAUGACAAUUUGAAACUAAUGCUGGACUUAUUCCAUGCUCAGAUAAUGGUGGGAAAUCUGACAUAUUUAAUAAAAACAUUUCUUCCAUAUAUUGGACAUGUACAGGUAGCACAAGUUCCAAAUCGUGGUGAACCGGACAGUCCUGGUGAAAUUAACUAUACGUAUAUAUUUAAGUUAUUGGAAGAUGUGGGCUAUGAUGGCUAUAUUGGAUGUGAAUAUACACCUACUACAGGUAUGUUUGUUGGGUUGUCAGUUGAUGUGGGCUAUGAUGGCUAUAUUGGAUGUGAAUAUACACCUACUACAGGUAUGUUGGGUUGUCAGUUGAUGUGGGUUAUGAUCGCUAUAUUGGAUGUGAAUCUUACACCUACUACAG